AUGGUACUUGGAAAGAAUAUCCAGAAGUUCUUAGAGGUUACAAAGGAAAUUCUCACCACUAUAAAAGAUAUUUGGAACAAUCCAGCCUUUGGACCUAAUUUUGUCUAUUCGUUAAAUAAAGGCACCUAUGUGUCGAAUGCGGUGGUACCAUUGAUACAUGCAACAUUGAAAAACCUCCCUUGUAAAAUGUCCUCAAUUAUUAGUACGUAUGAACGUCAGAGUAAUGCUAGUAAGGACAGAAGAGGUGAGGACAAAACGGGCAGACGACCAGACAUAAUGUUUGAAGAAUUAGAUAACAAAUCAAAUUAUGGAGGGAAACAAACGAUGGAUUGUACUGGACUCGCCGAGAUUCCUGUAAACCCAGUGAAUGGUUAUAAUUUAACUAAUUUUGUAAAGGGCCUUUUGACUUUACGGAAUAUUAUUAUUGUUAACAUGGCCUUACUAUUUCAUGCACCUAUCUCUAUACCUCAUAGACAAGAACAAAGUUCAACAGUAUUGACACCAUAA